CGAUUCAUUAUGCCUGUGCCGGUGUUCUCCCUACUUGAUGCCUACAGAGGUCGGCGGAGUCUGAACCUUACCCGAUCGGAUUCAGUCGAACCGAUCCUUAGCCAUGCAGGUGUAAACUACAUGAAACGCAAUAUGCUGGCUGCCCUGGGUAUUAGUUAUGAGAUCAUUCCAAGUGUAGAGGACGACAAGACAUACAUCACCGAGAAACAGUUCACUACUUUUGUGAACAAGGAGUUGAAGAUAGAAUGCGGGAUGGACGGCAAGUUCAAAGAGUAUACGCACUACCAUCACGACGCUUAUGGUGUCGAUUGUAAGAAGGCUUAUAGAUUCGACGCAUCGAAUAAGCACCUCUACGCCCAUGUUGAAUCUACCGGAAGCUACCUAGGAUACACAUGGAAAGAAGAUAGAUACGUCGAGGCUGAUGGCACUUUGCACUGGGUCACCGAAUUGGACUAUGACGGUAAAAAGACUGUCAACCACCGUGUAUUCGACUUGGGACAAGCCCUCGACUGAAGAUGCAGCAGCUAAGGCUACCUAGUUAAAUAGACAGCGCCGGUUGAUUCAUUCCCAACGACACGGAGACCGGGGCGUGGGCGAAUACCUAUUACCUGCACCACAUUUUUAUCAGUUGAUCAAAAUCACCAUGACGAUAUUUUCUAAUAAAGAGCGCUGAAAAUCAG